GUCAAACAGUACCCAGCUCGGGUGCUGAGGGAUAUCAAGCGGAGAGAAGCCUUUGCCUCCACAGAGCUACUGCGGAAGGCGUACCUCUAUGUCGCGCGCAACGAGAUGCUGCCGGUCCAAGUAGAUUCGAAUGUCUGCGAUUGCUACGUUCUGCUGAUGCUUCGAGCAGAUACGGACACAGGCACAGCUCUCACUGCAGUCGCCUGCGAUCUUCUCUACGGCAAGCAGACCCUCUGCGCCCAAGAACAGGUGCGUAGAGACCGGACGGGGCAGAGGUGUGCUUGGCAAGAUUGGACUUUGCAGGGUGAGGCGCUCGCCGUCAGACGCUUGAUGUACCUGAUCGAAACUGACUUCACAGCAUCAAUUUAAGCUCAAGGCUACCCGUGGUGAGCUCAACGGGUGGAGCAAAGCAUCUUGGUAGCCUCGUCCUGAAUCAUCUGUCUUUUGUUGUAAACUCGCGCAUCUGCAGCUUUGUCAUGGAAGAAAGGCAGUCUGCUGCCACAUUCAGCUGGCCUUUGGCAGCUCAGCUGGCAUGCGUCGUUUGGGUGUCGGCCAUGUAUGCCAUUGGCAACCUCGGUCGAUACGUUGCACGCUCACGCUACACAGGCCAAUUCGAGCAGCCAAAGCCGACGACAGCUCAGCCUGGCGUCACUAUCCUGAGGCCGCUCCGUGGGCUGGACUGCAACCUGUACGACAACCUGGAAGCGUCAUUCAGGCAGGAUUACGCAGACAAGGAGAUUAUCUGUUCCGUUGCAUCAUCGGCAGACCAAGCCAUCCCCAUCGUGAAUGAUCUCAUCGCCAAAUACCCGGCCGUCAAAGCCAAGCUCCUCAUUGGCGAACAAGACGUAGGGGUCAAUCCAAAGAUCAACAAUCUCGUGCGCUCGUAUCACGAGGCAACGCAUGAUCUGCUCUGGAUUCUAGAUGCCAAUGUUCUAAUGGACGUAGGCGCGCUCACGCGAGCUGUUCAAGCCUUGCAAAGCACGUCCGGCUCGCGAUCUAUCGGACUUGUCCAUCAUGUCCCUUUCGCACUCAUGCCAGAUGUAUCGCUGGGUGCAAGGAUCGAGCAAGUCUUUCUCUGUACGACCCAUGCCAAGAUGUAUCUCGCCAUCAAUUUCCUUCGAGUCGAUUCUUGCGUCAUGGGCAAGUCAACGCUCUUCCGGCGAUCGGACCUGAACGUAGCUACGACCAAACGAGCAGCACGAUCCAAGUCGACGAACGCUGCUACUGGCUUAGAGGCUUUCGGGCGAUACUUGGGCGAAGACAAUAUGAUAGGCUCUGCCAUCUGGCAUGACUUGGGCUACCGACAUGCCAUGUCAGUGGACGUAGCAGGUAACACCAUCGGCUCCAUGGCCCUCUCGUCGUACUUCUGGCGACGAGUCAGAUGGAUCCGUGUACGAAAGUACAUGGUCACUGCCUCUACCCUUGUCGAACCUCUGACAGAAUCAGUCGUCUGCGGUAUCAUGAUAGCAUACGGAUUCAAUCGCCUGUUACCUAUCUGGCUCGUACUGCUGCUCCACUUCGGCUCGUGGUAUGCAACCGACGUGGCAGUGUACCACGCGCUACAGCGAGCAGCACCCUACGAAAGCGGUCGAGCAGCUCACGAUGGGCCCGGCGUAGCUUUCUUUCGAGCCUGGAUCUUGCGAGAGCUUUCCGCCUUGCCCAUAUGGAUCUUUGCCAUGGCGGGCGAUAGGGUAGGAUGGAGAGAUGACGGCAAACAGUAUCGCGUCAGAUCGAAUGGCGAGGUGGAAGAGGCUGCAGCUGAGCCGCCGGGACAGCUUCAGAAGGGCUUGCUCUGGCUCUGGAGGAAAGGACCACUACACGGCAGACGGAGCGGCUACAGGGUCUUGCCUGUCGAUACACCCACGAUCAGAUGACAACAUGCAUGCAUCAUUCUGUUGUAUCCAUCGGUGUAUGUGCAUCAUCAACCCGCAGAGAUUCCUGAGCGACCGG